GAAGGUCCCUUCCAUCCCAAACCAGUUUGUGAUUCAGUGAGAACUUAACUAAAACCCGGGUCCUUGUUAGCCACCAUAUCCUGUAGGUUCUGCUUCAGAAUAACCUGUGUGACAUGUCUGCCCAUGAUGAAUUCUUGCAUCUUACAUCCCAGAAUCAUCUGUGCCCUUGGCCUCCCCUCUCUGAACUGGCUCCCUGUGCAGGGAUAAAGUGUGAUGUUAAGAGGCAGAUGUCAUCAUCCCUGUGCUCUGGGAGGGGAUGUAGGGACAGUUCACUCUUGUGAGAGCUCCCUGCUGCUAUUUUUAGUUGCUUCAUUUUCUUUCUGUUGGAGAAAUAAUUAUUGCUGUCUCUUUGUUCAUGUUCAGGGAGCUUGUGUAUCCCUUCCUUUCCCCCUGCUGAGAGACUGCAAUAGAUAAAGCUCACUAAAACAUGAAUGUCUUGCCCAAAAAUUGGCAAAGCAUAAUAGAAGAUUAAUUCUAAAUAGCCCUUGCUAAAGGACUAAAAGAACUUUUUUUUUGUCCCAAAGUGAUUGCUCUUCAGUGCUCAUUUUUCUUCCACAGGUUGAAUUACACUCAAGGAACUCGUUCUUGCCUACAUGUGAUAUUAGUUUGCAUUAUCAUCUGUGAUAAUAGGUCUUAGAUAACAUGGAAAUUAAGAGAAAAGGAAGAUUAGGCUUCAGUCUUCUAGGAAACCUGCAGGGAUGCUUUCAAGCCUUAACUUGUUCAGUGUGUUGGAUUAGGCAUGUGAGUCUUCUUGAGGAUGCUUGUUUAAAUUCUUGGAUCCAUCGCUGUUUACUUUUUCCCUUUUUCUUUGUGUCAUUUCUUUAAGGCCAUUUUCAUUAUUCUGUGUUUUUCUUGCAUUUAGUUCACUACAAUAACCACAACUUUUGCUGUAGUUCAGGUGUUCGGUGCAGCUACACAGUAACCAGGCCCUGCACCUUGUUCUUCAUCUGUUCAGUGACUGCCAGUUUAUAUUUGCCUUUUUUCCUUACUUUUUACAGAUCACAUCUAAAGUCACUGAAACUCUAAGGCUAGAAAGUGUUACAACUUUGCUUCUUCCCCAGCUCCUGCCCUAGCUUAUUUAGUGACUGAGUCACAGGUGGUGGAACAUGGCUGGACAAAUAUCAGAGUCGGAUCAGAUCAAGCAGUUCAAGGAGUUUCUUGGCACAUACAAUAAACUUACAGAAAAUUGCUUUGUGGACUGCAUAAAGGAUUUCACUAGCAGAGAUGUGAAACCAGAAGAGAUAACUUGCUCAGAAAACUGCCUGCAGAAGUAUCUAAAGAUGACACAGAGGAUCUCCAUGAGAUUCCAGGAGUACCACAUCCAGCAGAACGAGGCUCUGGCAGCCAAGGCAGGACUGCUCAGCCAACCUCGUUAGACCAGAGCACUGUGCUCAGACUUAAGCUGUGCCAGUGUUCCCUGGGCAAGAACACAUUGGGGGAUUCCUACUGUCAGGAUGUGUGUCCAGCAGCUCAGAGCAGAGCUGUGGGUGCUGCUCAGGCAGUGGGGGCCAUGAAGGGUUAAACAGGAGCUCAGUCGUGGUGGCCUGGCAGUGGAAUUUGUUUCCACAAGGGAAUGAUGCAGAUACAGCUUUUCCCAGGGCCCACAGACUGGUGUCCGAAUUUCAGGGGUGGUGGGAGGGCUCACUUGCCUUGUGCCAAGACUGGUUGAGAUGAAUCAAUUUAACGUGGGGAAUACACUUUUUUAUUUAAUUCAAAUAAAAUCAACAGGAGC